AUGGGGAGGAACGCGAAGCUGCACAAACGCAUCAAAAAGAAAACGACUGCAUCAUCUGCGUCACGCCCUUCGUCUGGAUCUUCUAGCGCUGCUAAUACAUCGAGUGCACCUAUAGCAUCAUCGCAGGUCCAAGCCGCAAAGAAACGCGCAGAUCUCAAGUCAAAGUCAAAGUCAAAACCGUCGUCAUCGAACAAGGCUACGGGAGAACAUGUUCUUGGAGGCGCGGACUAUGUGACAUUACUUAUGGGCGGCCGCAAGAAAGUUGCAAAGGAAGCUUUGAAGUUACCAAAAGACUGA